UUAGAAUCCGUUGCAUCGAACUUCGAACACCCUCCACCGUCCCUCUCAUGCAUCCAUCUUCCAUCCAUCAAUGCAUUGGACCGUGGACUUGUCACUCUUGUCUUGGGCUGAUUAACUGUUUGCUUCUUUGAUGCUGUAGUAGAGAAGCAGAGAGCCACACGGUUGGUACAAUGGACGCAAGCACAGAUGAAGCCAACGAGAAGACAACGGCGACAACAACUCAGACUAGUGCUGCCACUACAAAUAUUGCAGUUGUGGACUCGUCCACGGCCACAAACGCAGAGACGCAUGACAACGCCGAGACGAAGGAGCAUGACGACGUGAAGGACGAACACGCUUCCGAGGAUGUCGUGGAUGCUGAAGCAAAAUCUGACGCUUCAUUGAGCAAGAACCAAUCAGCAGCAACACCCAAAGAUAACAAAAAGGGAGACGCAGUAAAAACCGCCAGGAGAAGCCCCAAAAAGACAACCAAGGCCACCAAGCACAUCAAAACAAAAGUGGUGAAAAAGGCGACCACAACCAAGAAACGCAAGGAAGUCACCACAAAGGAUGACAAGAACGCUGGGAAAUCAAAACGUACCAACAAAAAGGCCAAGACAGAAGACAAGGACAAUAAGAAGACCAGAGGGAAGAAGACAACGAAGAAAGAUGGCAAAGGAGAACCAUUAUCUGAAAAAGCAAAGAAUUCACCGAAGAAGAAGAACCUUGCAGCAACGAAAAAAGACGAAGCGACAACCAAACAAACCAAGGGCACAAAGACAACCAAGAAACGAAAAACAUCCAAGAAGGAUGCCACAGCUGCUGGAGCCCCCAAAAGGAAAAGAAGGAAAAAGGGGGAUGUAUCAGCAGAAGUAGAAACAGAAACCUUGGCACCAGUAGAGCCUCCACCUCCGCCACCACCACCCAAAAAGCCACGUGUUGAUCCCUUCCCAAUUGCCAAAAACCUCUUGACAGAAGUGGAAUUUGCCCUGCUGGGUGUACAAAAUGACAUGGACACUGCCAGAGAGCUUCUCGAACAGCAUCACCCACCAACCAUUAUGGCCAAUCAGCAGAAACAACAACAGCAGCAGCAAGGCUCUGGUAAUCCAAUCAACACUGGAGGCUCUUCCCUGGACAAUCCAAUCGUCGGUGCAAAAUCUGGAACGGCGGGCCAUUCCAACACCAAUCAUCAAGUGGUUGUCACCGGUGACCUCAUGGUGGAUCGCUUGUUGGAGUAUCAAAGGAAUUAUGCACAGCGGCAGCGAGUACUUUUGCCGGAAGGAAAGGGCAGUGAUAGGUGGGACAAGCCUAGGUUACCAGGGCAACGUCGACGACGCAUUCAUCGAGAGGCUGACCGACCAGAGGCACCUCCUGAACCACCUCCGGUCGGAUACACUGUAUUUGUCGGACAAAUGACCACCAAGAUCCGUCACGAUCGACCGGAUCAGCACCAUUCUCAACCCAGAGUCAUGCAGGAGAUUGCCAAGAUGUGGAAGGAAGAUAUGACCGAUACCGAUCGACAGUAUUACAUUGAUUUUGCCACGGCCGCAAAAGCAGAGUAUGUCCAGCAACAAAUGGAAUUUCGAGCCACUUCUACGUAUACCAAGUCGACAACCUUCCUUCGGCUGGGCGACCACGGACCAUGGAUCAAGAAUGAUGCAGCCGAACGCAAUUCAUUGGAAAAGGAAGUGUCGACCUAUGAUACAGUAGAGUUUCCGCUUCGGCCUGCUUGCAUGGACGAAGAGUACGCCUGGAGGGACUGGCGAUCAAAAAUCAACCGAAAGCUCAAGUUACGAAAACUUAUUGCUGAUUACAAUGAUACACAAGAGCAGCUGAUUGUUGCCCAAGCCAUUGAUCAUGCCAAAGCCACCUUGAUGGAUGCUGCAGGGCUUUCUCUGUCAGAAGUGGAUCAUAGUGCCAUAUUAUCCGCUGCCACGCAUGAAUGCAUUGUGAAAUUGAAAGAGCUCAAAGAGGCAAACCGCAUGGCCUCAUCUGCACCGCCACCGGCAGAAGCAGACGAUGUGGGAGAGAAGGAAGACGCCGAUGCGGAGGUUUUUACCGACGCUGAAGAGUAGUAUCAACAGCAGAAGUGGGCUCCUUCCCAGUGAAGGCGACCUUAGCAGCACUAGCUAGACUGAAACGAUGCAAGAACUUAUCAACAGUACACAGCGGCGCCUUUAGACUAGUAUACCAUAUACCUAAGUGUGUACUGGUAGGCUAAGCAGCCUCUUGGAACGCUGGCUUGUCAGCAUCGGCCAAGCUGAUCCAAUAGUUGAGCGCUUCGGAUCGUUUCUCUUGCAGAUCCUCCACUCCUUGGUACGUGAUGACUUUACGAGUUUUGCCGGACAGGACUAAAACGGAGGGCAAUCCACCGAUUCGGGAAUCCAUGCCGAGAGAAGGUAGUUCUUUCUUGCCCGCAACCUUGAAAUACUUUUUCAGUGCAGCUCUUUCUUUGAAUUCUUCGAACGGAACCGUCAUCCAAUUCUUGCGAGCAUAUGAAUUCAUAUCCUCGGCGGAGUUAUCGGAAGACACAUAAACCAGAGACAAGGGAUGUGGUUGACUGCCUCGGUUGCUGCCUUUGGGAGGCAGCAACAUUUCUCCAAAGACAGCAUCCAGCAUUUCGGUCAUGGGAGUACUUGCUGGACACCAUGAAGCUGUUUGCAGAUGGACGCGUGAAAAGAGUGAGGAACAGGCUCACGAGUCUCAAGAACAAAGGCAUGGAAUGAAUCGAAUCGCCAAACUGAAACACUCUUACCAGCAAAGUAGAGGAGAACCACAUCGGAGUGAUCUAAUGCAUUCUGUAAGCUCGGAAACUCAGAGUACGGCACCAGCGUAGCAUGCCCGUCAGAAACCAACUGUAGCAGUGAACGGGGAUCUUCUUGGGGCACCAAUGGCAGCUGCCGGGGUUUCCUCCUCAUCUCUCUCCGAGCAUAAGAAAGAAGGGCCUCCACAUUGCGGUUUCCUGCGUAGUCGUUGCGGAUUUCGCCGUCUGUGAACCAACGGAGGGUAGGAUAGGCUAUGAUUUGAUUCUUCCUGCAUAGGGACGGCUCUUCCUCACAGUCAACAUGAACAACUUCCAAAUCCCCAAAAUGAUGCCGCUGCGCAAACCGAGUCCAAUCUGGAGCCAACCGCUGACACCACGAACACCAACUCGUAUCAAAGUUGACAAAAACGUGCUUGUGUUGGGCCACGAAAUCAUCAAAGGUCUCGCUGGCAAGCUUUGGAACACUGGAUUCAACACUAGUAAUUGGUACAAUGUCUUCACCUGGGUGGUCGUUCGAUGGGUAUCUUGAGGAAACAUACCCCACCCUCACGUACUGGACUUCCCAAAGGGGCGUGAACCCAACCGACAAUAUGUAGAAGAGGGCACAGAGAAGCACAACAAACAGAGACAGACGAGUUCUCGCCAAAAGCUCUUCGUGCCUUUCGCGAGUUUCUUGCUCUGAAUCCUGCAAGUCUUCUUCUUCGUCGGAAGCAUACAAAUCGUUCGAAAUUCUUCGGCGACGGGGUCCAUCGACGACAGGGAUCCCAGUGAAAACUCCGCCGUCCUCUUGUAGAGGGAUGCCAGUGAAUACGUCGCCUUCCUGAUCUGAGGGUAGCCGGCUGCUGUCUUCGAUCAUCUUCACCAAUGAUUAUUCCCUUUCUCUACUCGGUGCGUUGAAAGGUUGGACGGUGGUACCAGUAGAAACAAUUGACACAAUUGAGCAAAGAAUGAGUUACCUUGUGACGAUGGACGAUGGUCGAUGGUCGAUGGAGGUUGUUCUGUUUGCGAUUUGGGACGUCCCAGAGACCAUCAGUCGUGUUCACGACAGAAAUCGGAUCUUUGCCUAUAAUAUGUUUACAGCUCUGCUAGCUAUCGGUACUAUCACAACUGUAUCUAAAGCUCUAUCCCUAAUCAAGUGUCUAACCCUAAGCUUAAGCCUACCUUUGCUUCCUGAACCUGUUUCG